AUGUUAUGCAACUUCAACUUUCGCUGGAAGCUCCAAAACACCAAAUAUAACCAACGACCCUCUUCACCCCCUCAUCGCCCGCAGAGAGCUCUGUGUACACAGUGCCCUAUACUCACCGACAGAUUACCGCAAAACGACUCUUUCGCAGCUCGGCUCUGCGUGGUGUUCCCUGACGGCGCCCUCCCGCUCUCCGACCGACUUCCUGGCAACCUGAGCUUGCCUUUGCUGUCAUACAUACUACCCUGCAGCCAUGGCGUCCCGCAAGAAGGUUCUAUUGAAGGUGGGCUACUUGCAAUAGAUAAAAAAACGGCCUCUCUGUCUGAUGGAAGAUGGGUCACUGAUGCUUUCCUUCUUCAAAUACAGGUUAUCAUCCUUGGUGAUAGCGGUGUGGGCAAGACGAGCUUGAUGAACCAAUAUGUCAACAAAAAAUACAGUGCCAGCUACAAAGCCACCAUCGGAGCUGACUACCUUACCAAGGAAGUCAUGGUAGAUGGACGACUGGUCACGAUGCAGAUAUGGGAUACUGCUGGGCAAGAGAGAUUCCAGUCGCUGGGAGUUGCCUUCUACCGAGGCGCCGAUUGCUGUGUCCUUGUAUACGACGUCAAUAACUCUAAGAGUUUCGAGACUUUGGAUAGUUGGAGAGAUGAGUUCCUCAUUCAAGCCAACUUGAGAGAUCCCGAAAGCUUUCCCUUUGUUGUGCUCGGGAACAAGAUUGAUGUCGAAGAGAGCAAAAGAAUGAUAUCCUCGAAGAGAGCCUCUACAUACUGUCAAUCGAAGGGCAACAUUCCCUACUUCGAAACCAGUGCCAAGGAGGCUAUUAAUGUAGAGCAAGCGUUUGAAGUGAUUGCUAAGAGUGCCCUCAUGCAAGAAGAGUCUGAGGAGUUCAACGGGGACUUCGAUGAUGUUAUCAACGUCAACCACGACAGUGAUCGAGACGCCUGUGCCUGUUAA